AAUUCAAAAAUUAGUUUUCAUUUUACUUUGUGAGUUUUCUCUUUCUUUUAUUCUAAUACAAAUACUCCUCGUAUAGUAACAUUUUAUAGUACUAUUUACUUGUUCUUCACAUCAUCCAGGUUCUUCGCGCGGUUCGGUUACUGGGGCCACCGCUUUCAAAAUUCCGUUAACUUCGCCGUUACUCCGUCUCCUUCCUCCAUCGCCGCCGUCCUUCUUCGCAGUCAACUUCUAUUCUCCGACGAUCAAAAAAUGGACGUUCUCCGUUUCACCUCUCUAAAUUCACGCGAUUUCCAUUUUCAUUACCGUCUGGAAUUUACUGGAAGAACAUCCGCCGUUAUCCGCUCCGACGCCGUUAAACCUUCCGGAAAAAGAAACGGGUUCAAACGUGCUACAAUUUCAAAACCGGCGGCGAUUCUGACUGCAUCUGAACCGGUGCAGAUUGAACCGGAACCGGAACCGGAUCAAUCAGAUGGUACAUUGCCAUUAGUAGUGCAUCCGAGUUCGUUACAGUGCGAUCAAGGUUAUUUGAUACCGAAUAAUCCACGUGGUGAUAUUGGGUACAGCUACGUAAGGGAAAUAUUGACCUCAAAAGUGUAUGAAAUAGCUGAGGAGACGCCUUUGCAGCUUGCGAGUAAGCUAUCGGAUCGGUUAGGGGUAAAUUUAUGGCUUAAACGUGAAGAUCUUCAUCCGGUAUUCUCAUUCAAGAUCAGAGGAUCUUACCAUAUGAUGGCAAAACUCUCCAAGGAGCAGUUAGAAAAGGGGGUUAUAUGCUCAUCAGCUGGAAAUCAUGCACAAGGUGUUGCAUUAGCUGCCAAGAGACUUGGCUGCAAUGCUGUGAUUGUGAUGCCUGUUAUUACAGCAGAAAUUAAAUGGAAAUCAGUUGAGAGAUUGGGUGCUACUGUUGUUCGUGUGGGGGACACAUAUGAAGAAGCUCAAGCAUAUGCCGUAGCUCGGGGCAAAGCAGAAGGUCGUGCAUUCAUCCCUCCCUUUGAUCACCCAGAUAUCAUAACAGGGCAAGGUACUGUUGGAAUGGAGAUUAAUCGGCAACUCAAAGAUAAGAUACACGCAAUAUUUGUGCCUGUUGGUGGAGGGGGUCUUAUAGCUGGCAUUGCUGCCUAUAUGAAAAAGGUCUCUCCUGAUACAAAGAUUAUUGGUGUUGAGCCAGUGGAUUCAAAUUCAUUGGCGUUGGCAUUACACCAUGAUCGACCAGUAAUGCUGGAACAAGUUGGAGGUUUUGCAGAUGCAGUAGCUAUUAAAAUGGUUGGUGAAGAAAGUUUCCGUCUCUGCAGGGAAUUAAUAGAUGGGGUGGUCCUAGUUAAUCAUGAUGCUAUAUGUGCAUCGAUAAAGGACAUGUUUGAAGAGAAAAGAAGCAUACUGGAGCCAGCAGGUGCACUUGCCCUGGCUGGAGCUGAAGCAUACUGUAAGUACUAUGGCCUGAAGGGAGAAAACAUUGUAGCACUAACUAGUGGAGCUAACAUGAACUUCGACAGACUUAGAUUUGUAACUGAACUUGCGGAUGUUGGUAGACAGCGGGAAGCUUUUCUCGCUACUUAUAUGUCUGUAGAGCCAGGCAGCUUCAAGAUGUUCUAUGAGAUGGUGGAACAUAUGAAUAUUACUGAAUUGAAGUUCAGAUAUAGUUCUGAGAAAGAAAAUGCUAGAGUACUUUACAGAGUUGGUCGUCACACUAAAUCGGAACUUGAAGAAAUAGUGGACAGAAUGGAAUCAUCACAACUGCAUACCUUUAAUUUUACCGAUAAUGAAUUGGUCAAAGCUCAUCUACGGCAUUUGAUGGAUGGUACAUCAAAUGUUCACAAUGAGCUUAUCGGUCGAUUCAUCUUCCCCAACCGGCCUGGUGCUUUAAUGAAGUUUUUAGAUACUUUCAGCCCACGUUGGAACAUAAGUCUAUUACAUUACCGUGCACAGGGAGAAACUGGUGCGAAUGUGUUAAUCGGCAUCCAAGUUCCAGAGGAUGAGGUUGAUGAAUUCCGGGAUCAAGCUGACAGUCUUGGCUAUGAAUAUGCAGUGGAGACUCUCAAUGAAGCUUUCCAGGAACUAAUGCAUUGAAACAGUUGGUAUGCGUAAUGCAGUGUACACAGAUUGGCUUGUGUUGAUAUCUGCUGAUCACAGUGUUUGCUCAGGCUUUGCCUACACAACUGAAGUUUGGUCCUUAAGAAAGUGGCUUUCUCAAUGUUCUGAAACGAAACGAGAUUCUGCUUUUAGCUUCAUUCAAAAUAAUACUAGUCAUAGUCUUCAUACAUAAAUAAUGGAGUUUGUUAAGUAGACAUAACCAUUGGCUGGAAGUUUAUGAAUUUGUCAGUGUUGUUUCAAUUUGCCAGAACAAUGGCAUUUUGAGUUGACAAUUCACGUCUAUUUCUGUUCCUAGGAUUAUCUUUCAAACUAAUAGAAAACGAGAAUUCGGUCCGGUGUUUUAAAAGA